AUGACCGAGUACAAAUUAGUGGUAGUAGGCGCCGGAGGCGUCGGUAAAUCCGCAUUGACUAUACAGUUGAUACAAAAUCAUUUCGUGGACGAAUACGAUCCUACGAUAGAGGAUUCGUAUCGAAAACAAGUGGUGAUCGACGGUGAAACGUGCUUGCUGGACAUAUUGGACACGGCCGGCCAGGAGGAGUACUCGGCGAUGAGAGACCAGUACAUGCGAACGGGCGAAGGCUUCCUGCUGGUGUUUGCAGUGAACAGUGCUAAAAGUUUCGAAGACAUUGGCUCAUAUAGGGAACAAAUAAAGCGGGUGAAGGACGCAGAGGAAGUCCCAAUGGUGCUGGUAGGAAACAAGUGUGACCUACAGGCGUGGGCUGUGGACAUGACGCAAGCGCGCGAGGUGGCGAGAAGUUACAAUGUUCCCUUCGUGGAAACUUCAGCUAAAACUCGCAUGGGCGUAGACGACGCCUUCUACACACUAGUCCGCGAGAUCCGCAAAGACAAGGCUAGUAAGGUCAAAAAGAGUAGAGGCAGGAAUAGGGGCACCGGACGCAAGUACAAGUGCACAUUUCUGUAA